UUUUCGCUUUGGUUAAAUAAAUAAGGAUGAAUCUUAUGGCGUUGUGAAAAGAGCGAAGCUGGGCAUGUUUGCUCGCGGUAGUGUUGAGGCCAUGGAAAAUGAGCCACGUCCGGAUCCAAUGCCACUGUUCCCCAAAGUCGGGUUGUGUCUUCUUUUCUAAUGCCACCAACGAGCUCCAGCUGGCAUUCUACAGGAGGUCGAAUCAUUUUUCUGUGGACUGGUUGCCGUGGUCCUUGCACACAAGAAUGUAUACCGACAGAUGUCACUACGUCCAUGCACAUGUCUGCUGAAAACAGCACCUUACAUAAUGUCGACGAUCGGCUUUGUCCUGAGAUGUCCUUAUGAAGAAUAACAGACACAUGCCUCGGCUGAGAGCCGUUCCACCGCAGGACUCUUGACGUCAAGUGCCGGCCACCACCAUUUUCUCUGUUUGUUUCAUGUUAUUAGCUGAGCACUGUCUUCAGUCAGCUGCUUCAGUGACUAGCUCUCCUCGCACAAGCAGCUGCGGAAGAACCCCUCUACCAGCACCCAGGCAUAGUUGUGGUGCAGGAUGGAAAGCAGACGGUACCAGUACUCUCUGUCUCCGACAGCUUUAUGUUUCUUGGGAAAAAUACACUUGCAAGAGGUGGGGACCGGUAAUUUGCUUAUUAAUCACCCUCAGGACGACUAGUAUUGCUUCGGGUUGCGGCCUGGUGAUUUUGCUCCUCUGUCCGCUCCUCCGGCAUUUCCUCCCUUCCCGUGCUGAACCUCCGUUGGGCGCCCAUGCAGUAAGAGUGUAGCUACCUUGACUCCUUUCUUCAUCGACAGCCACGCUCACUGUCACGGCACGCCACUCACGUUUGUCGAUUCUCCGUUCCAAGGAGUCCCAAGUGCCCCUCGCCUCUUUCAGCAGUCUAACGUAUCUCCGUUGGGGCCCAAAAAAGUGAAUUACAGGCGUGUCGUCCCUUGUGACACCACUUCUGCUUUCGCUGUUUCCGCUCGCGAAUUAUGACGAAGAACGGUACGAACAUUCUGUCGGAAACAGGUUGGGAGGCCGACUGACGGAUGCCGUUUGACGAAUAGGUAUGACGACUCGCUAUGGCAGAACCGUCAAAUACCCCGGAAGCACUAGCUAACUCGGUUUCUCACGAGAUCCAUGGGGAACAUGGACACCCCUCCGGAGGUGCCACGAAUCCUGCGGACGAUCGUCAGCCAACUCAGGUUUCAGGAGACCAAGGUGUUCGACUGCUCGUUCACAGAAUUCCAAAUUUGAAUGUAGCCUCUAAAUCGGAUGCGCUUGACUCGCGUGAUGACCAGCGUUGUCAUUUACUUCCCGGAUCAGGGGGGGAGAAGGCCGAGUGUCUCGAAGCAACUAGGCAAAUGAUCUUAGUAACUGUCUUCGUCCUCGUCGCUGCAGGUACCCUUCUGAUAGCGUCUUGUGCGCUGGCUGGAAGAGCUUGCUGGACGCACUCGAUCCUCGUCUUGCACUGUCUGCUGGAGCUACACAUCGUCGUAAUCUUGCUGUUCCUGGUUAUCGGACCUGCGGUGACGCUUCUAUGGAGAUUCUGCAGAGACGACGCAACCUCAGGACGUAAUCCAGAAGCACUUGAACGAGUCACCUCCGUUACCAUUUCCGCCUUUGAGAUUUUAACAGCGUUCGCAUUCUUACUCGCCGUCGUGCAAAUUUUGUACCUUCCUCCUCUCUCAUCUUUCAAAAACAGUGGACACCAGGCCUAUAGGCCCGCCGCUCCCUCAGAAGCCUCUCCACCGUGGUCGACAUCCUUCGUCUCCAUUUUUUCUCCUUCCUUCCAUGGCCUCACUGGCGUCGGCGGCGGAGGGGAGUCGGACGAAAACCUCUCUGGCACUAUUUACAACCGGGGGGUGGCACCCGAUGGAAACGGCCCACACAAGCUCUCUCUCUUGAGUAUUUCGGGUCUUGCACGUGAGGCAAAGUCUGCUGCGAAAAUGUCGGAGGCUAAAACCCGCACGGUUGACCCACAGAGGAUGAAGAUACGACGCAGGAUUUCUUUCCUUGAAAACGUGGAUGACUUGCACCGACACAAAGAGUCAUUUCGUCCAAAAAAAGUUCUUUCGUCUUUUACCGAGGAUCCUCAAGCACGUGAUUUAUCUAACCGAAGCCUCCCUGGCUACCAAGAAGAAAAGCCCGUCCGUAAUUUGAUAAACGCCGGAAGAAGGAACUACCAACGCCAGGCAAACGCGACGACGGCGCAGGUGACAGCCAGCAGUAGCUCGGCACACCGCUGGAAAACUCCUCUUCCUGAAAGACAGGCCAGCAGUCUCGGUCGUAAUCACCCCUCAGGUUCUGCUGGCCUUGCAGGGACGAGCAGUUCUCGUCUACCAGACAAAACAGCACGCCAAAGAGAAGACACUGCGCCCAUGUCCCUUCUGGAAUCCCUGCUGUCAAAGAACGUUAACAAUGAACCUUCCCGUCCUGCUGAAAGCUGGCUGUUGACGUUGAGAACGAUCAUUUCUAUCGGGACUGUUAGUUUCGUAAUAUUGAUGACCCUGUCCGGAAUCCUGACACGGAUCAAUAUAUCAUUGAAGUCACGUGCUGCAAGCCAAUUCAUUACUUGUUGCUAUGUGGCGGCUCUCGCUGGGUUCCUCGCCGCCAUUCUUUCGUUCCUUGACAUCUCCCGGCAGCCUGGGCCCGGAGAUCCCGGAUACGAGCGGCUGCCAUUUGGUGAGGCUGCCCCCACAGCGUUGGCCGCAUACCUUCUUGUUGACGGUGUUACAAACAUCCUCAUGUUGCCGGAAACGGAGUCAGGAAGCUCAUGCUGAUACCCCACGACAAGAGAGACCGGCGACACUGUCCGGUGUGUCAGUUUCAAGGCCCCCGGUGAAUCCACAACUCUUUCCAUUAUCCGUUUUAUCCUGACCAAAGGUUAUCGUGGAUGAGGGGCGCCGACGAGCCACGGGUUUAGAUACCCGCUCCCUCAAAAUAUGUUUGCUGCUAGUGGAACGACAGACGCAUACAAAUGAAAAAGUUUUACAACUGAGAGAGAACCGUGUGUUCGGGAUGGAAACUAAAAUCCGUUUUCGAUCAGUCCACGAAAAACGUGGGAAUCGGCAUUUGAGAAGGUCUGAAUAAUCUGGUACAUGCCACCAGAAAAACAUUUGACGCCGGACCAGAGUGUUUGUUUCUGAGACAAGCGACCCGGAGAGUUUGGAACAGCGAUCAACUGAUUUAUUCAGUAAAUCUAGUGACAGACGUAGUGGAGCACAUGUGUCAGCUAUCCUUCGUGUACGGCUAUCACGGA